AUGGUAGAAGACGCAGAAAAAGAUUCUGUAGAAAAUGACUUGAUCAGCCUGGACAAGAGAAUGCCUCCGUUUAGGAACAAUGCUAGGUUUUUAAGCGCAGUUAAGGAAUUCUUAAGCAACAAGAACAUUCCCCUUCUUUGUGUCAUAAACGAGCAUUCGCUCAUUCGGAAGGCGGCAUGUGAGGUGAUCAGAAAAUCUGUAAACUGCUCCAUAAACAGCUACGAUGCCAUCCUAGUUCCAAACAUCACAAAUCUCAUUAGGAAAAAUGUUUUAAUUUCAAUAAAAUCUAGCGUGCGACGUAUACGAGGGGGAGGUUGCGGAUAUUAA